AUGCCUCCCAAGGAUAAGAAGCCGCCUGCGCUGAAGCUGUUUAUGGUUCAGCUCAAGAACGUCCAGACAGCUUUGGACGACAUCUUUAGAUUUGUACAGAACUACCAGCCGACCUGUACUGUUAGCGCAAUCAACAUUCGUCUGCAGCGAAUCGAUGAGUUGUGGGGGCGGUACGAGGAGACGUUGAAUGACAUCCAGGCUCACGAUGACUUCGAGGAUGAGGAAGGAGAAUUUGAUGACGCUAGGUUAAGGCAUAGCGAUAAGUACUAUGAAUGUAAGGCUUUUUUAAUGGAUAAAGUAAAGGAACGGGCGGGACCUGAUGAUGUGGAUUCGUCGAUGCGAGGGAACGAGACGUUGCAGCAUGGACAUGGUACUCUUGAUCAUGUUCGUUUGCCUCAAAUCAAGCUCCAGACUUUCAACGGUGACAUCGACGAGUGGAUCAGCUUCCGAGACCUGUAUACCUCCCUCAUCCAUAGAAAGGCGGACUUGCCAGAAGUGGAGAAAUUUCACUAUUUGAAGGGCUGUCUUCAAGGUGAACCAAAGAACCUCAUCGAUCCCUUGAAGAUAACUAAAGUGAACUACCAGGUGGCUUGGGAUUUGCUGAUUAAGAGGUACGAUAACAGCAAGUUGUUGAAGAAGCGUCAAGUACAAGCCUUGUUCAACUUGCUACCACUAUCUAAGGAGUCGGUAGUGGACUUGCAUACCCUGAUGGACGGGUUCGAAAGAGUGGUCCAGAACUUGGAUCAAGUGGUUAAACCCGAGGAGUACAAGGAUCUUCUACUUGUAAACUUACUGACAACUCGGUUGGAUCCUGUAACUCGAAGAGGAUGGGAAGAACAUUCAUCUAUCAAGGAACAGGACACGUUGGCAGAUCUAACUGAUUUCAUGCGUCGUCGGAUACGAAUCCUGGAAUCACUCCCAACGAAGACUUCGGACAGCAAGGGAUUCCAUCAAUCGCAACAGCCAAUGAAGCAGAAGUCGUCAGCUGUGAAGGCCAGCUACGGCUCCGUACAAUCGUCUGGGGGGCGAUGUAUGGUUUGUAAGGAGAACCAUCCACUUUAUCAGUGUUCUUCUUUUCAACGGUUGUCGGUGCGAGAGAGGGAGGCGGUAUUGAGGUCAAACUCCCUGUGUAGGAAUUGCUUCCGGCCGGGUCACAUAGCGAGGAAUUGCCCGUCUAAAUAUUUCUGCCGCAGCUGUAAAGGUCGUCACAACACAUUGGUGUGCUUCAAAUCUGGGAAGGAUGGAUCAGCGAAGAUCGCUGCUGCUACGGAACGCAACAAUUCUCCUCCUCCGAAUGCUGGCGAGCAUUCGGGUUCGACAUCCGCCCAGGUUGUGAACGUGGUCGCCACCGAUUCUACAAUAUCUGGUGCAUCUCAGCAGUUCUCCUCCCAUGUACUUCUAGCCACGGCGGUCUUUAUCGUGGAAGAUGACGAGGAACGGUUGAGCCAACGACUGAGGACGCGUCGAGAAAAGGUGGACAUCUCGGUCCUUGGUAUAGGUCAAGCAGCUUCAAAGGUGAAGCACAGAAUUCAAGCAAUGGUUUGCUCAAGAAUCACGGAUUUCUCUCGGAACGUAAAUUUCCUGGUUCUGCCGAAGGUAACUGCGGAUUUACCAACGGCGAAGGUCAACAUGAACGGAUGGAAGAUGCCUGACGGGAUUAGUUUAGCGGAUCCAGCCUUUUUCAGCCCCAGUGCGGUAGACAUGGUGUUGGGCAUCGAGUUCUUUUUUGACUUCUUCGAAUCUGGUCGAAGAAUUUCCAUCGGAAACCAAAUGCCGACAUUCAAUGAGUCGGUCUUCGGAUGGGUGGUGUGCGGAGGUCAAACAAAACCCACGGAGAGUCUACAUGUUACCUGUAGCACGGCUACUACAGCAACUUUGGAAAAGUUGAUUGCACGGUUUUGGGCUAGCGAAGAGGUUGGUACUUCGAAGAUUCUUUCCACCGAGGAGCAAAGGUGUGAAGAAUUGUUCCAGCAGUCGAUUCACAGGGAAUCCGACGGUCGGUAUACUGUUUCGUUGCCGAAGGAUGAGGACGUCGUUUCAAGGAUUGGCGAGUCACGGGACAUCGCCUACCGGCGUUUUCUAGGCACGGAGCGCAGGUUAGCCAGGGAUGCUAAUUUACGACAACAGUAUCACCAAUUUAUGGCGGAAUACAUACAGCUGGAGCACAUGACCAAGGUGAAGGAUACAACAGAGUCCGAGAAACGUUGUUUUCUACCACACCAUCCCGUCAUCAAAGAAGCUAGCACCACCACGAAGGUUCGUGUGGUCUUUGAUGCGUCGUGCAAAACGUCGUCAGGUGUAUCGCUGAACGAUGCUUUGCUGGUGGGUCCAAUCGUCCAAGAAGACCUUCGAUCGAUCAUGCUUCGAAGUCGCAUGAAGCAAAUAAUGCUGGUUGCUGACGUGGAGAAGAUGUUUCGGCAAAUCUUUAUUCAUACGGAGGAUCGACAUCUUCAAUGUAUACUUUGGCGUUUCGACAUCGGUGCAGUUGUUGACGAGUAUAAACUUAAUACUGUCACCUACGGGACCAAACCUGCUCCGUUCCUAGCGACACGCACUUUCAAUCGGCUGGCAACAGAUGAAAAGCUGCAGUACCCGCUGGCUUCCAGAGCAGUUACUGAAGAUACGUACAUGGACGACGUUAUCACAGGAGCGGAUACAAUUGAAGCAGCAAGCGAACUUCGGAAGCAGUUAGAGGAUAUGACUUCUAAGGGAGGAUUUCGGUUGAGGAAAUGGGCUUCCAACAAACUGGAGGUACUGGAAGGAGUUGCCGAGGACAAUUUGGCAAUUCGUCUGUCAGAAGGAAUUAACCUGGACCCUGAUCCGACUAUCAAGACACUCGGACUGACUUGGAUGCCCAAUACCGAUCAACUGCGAUUCCAAUUCGACGUGCCGUCAUGUCCCAUCACCUCACAACUGUCAAAACGGCAAGUGCUGUCGGUGAUUGCGUCGCUAUUCGACCCACUGGGACUCAUAGGUGCAGUUAUUACCACGGCUAAAGCAAUAAUGCAGCUAUUGUGGAAGAUCAAGGAUAUCAACAAUCAGCCAUUGGAUUGGGAUCGGCCGUUGCCUUCGACGGUGGGUGAGUUGUGGAGAUCCUAUUAUGACCAACUUCCCAUAUUGAACGACCUCCGUAUCGAUCGCUGUGUGGUGGUUCCCAGAGCGGUAGUGGUCGAAAUCCAUUGCUUCUGCGAUGCUUCGACCAAAGCAUUUGGCGGCUGCGUAUACAUUAGGAGUGAAGACCAUGAAGGAGAAGUGAAAGUCCGGUUGUUGUCUUCGAAAUCAAAGGUGGCACCGUUGAAGACACAGUCCAUCCCAAGACUGGAACUUUGUGGAGCAUUGUUAACAGCACAACUGUACGAGAAGGUUCGUGAAUCAAUCAAAAUUCCUGUUCGAGCGUUUUUCUGGUCCGAUUCCACCUGUGUAUUGCGUUGGAUCCAAGCAUCACCGAAUGUGUGGAACACGUUCGUGGCGAACCGUGUUGCGAAAAUCCAGGCUUGCACAAAUCCAUCACAGUGGCAGCAUGUUUCUGGCAAAGAUAACCCGGCGGACUUGAUUUCUAGAGGUAUCAAUCCAAAAGAUAUUGUAGAGAAUACUUUCUGGUGGGAGGGACCGGAAUGGUUGAAACAAGAGCGCGAAGGCUGGCCAUGUUCAUCAGCGGAGUUGACUUCGGAAGAAGUAGAUCAAGAGCGGCGACGAGAAAUGGUAUCCUGUUCGGUAUCCGUGGAAGCAGAGUUUAACGAAUGGUAUUUGGGGAAAUUCUCGUCCUAUUCGGACCUCAUACGUCGAACUGCGUAUUGGUUGCGGUUAAUGGAGCUCCUUAGAACAGACGUGCAGAACCGAGUUGCAGCAAGCAGUCUCUUGUCUACCAGAGAGCUAGAGGCGGCAGAGUUGACAAUAGUUCGAUUGGUCCAGAAGGAAACCUUUGCAGCAGAGUGGAAAGCGCUUGUAUGUGGAGGAGAAGUGUCCAGGCGAUCCCCACUUCGUUGGUACCACCCGUACAUCUCUGACGAAAACGUGAUUCGUGUCGGCGGUCGCCUUGAGCAUUCAGCGGAGACUCAAGACACGAAACAUCCGGUGAUUCUACCAGCAGGUCAUCAAUUCACUCGGAUGGUUUUGCGGCAAUUACAUCUCAAGCUUCUGCAUGCGGGUCCUCAGUUACUUCUCGGUAAGACUCCGAUUCUGGCCAUUGGGCGGUCGGAAUCUGGCUUGUCAUAUUGUACAUCGUUGCAAGAAGUGUUUCCGGUCUAA